ACGCUCUACUUAUACACUUACCACAGCUUUCACUCUUCAAUUUCAGUCCCCUUAAAAUAUGGCGCUCCCUACCGCCACCGUCUCUCUCCCCCUCUUCCUCCUCCUCCUCCUCUUGUCCACAUCCCUUACCACCAUCAAUGCUUUCAACAUCACCCGCAUCCUCGCAAAACACCCUGAAUUCUCCACCUUCAACCAUUACCUCACCACCACCCACCUUGCCGAUGAGAUCAACCGUCGCAACACCAUUACUGUUCUCGCCCUCAACAAUGCUGCCAUGUCAUCUAUCCUCAGCAAACAGCUCUCCCUCUACACUCUAAAGAAUGUUCUCUCCCUCCACGUCCUCGUAGAUUACUUCGGCUCUAGGAAGCUUCACCAGAUUACUGAUGGAUCUACACUAACCGCCUCCAUGUUCCAGGCCACCGGUACUGCUUCGGGCACCUCCGGCUACGUCAAUAUCACGGAUCUAAAAGGAGGAAAAGUGGGAUUUGGGGCGGAGGAUAACAACGGUAAGCUCGAUGCCACUUACGUGAAAUCCCUCGAAGAGCUUCCUUACAAAAUUGCCGUUCUGCAAAUCAGUCAGCCAUUGAAUUCCGCCGAAGCUGAAGCACCGACAGCGGCGCCGAGCAGCCUUAAUUUAACCGAAAUCAUGCGGAACCAAGGAUGCAAAGCAUUUGCCGAUUUGUUGGAAUCCUCAGGGGCCGAAUCGACGUUCAAGGAGAACAUUGACGGUGGUUUAACCGUGUUUUGCCCGAUCGACAGUGUCGUCAACAGUUUCAUGCCCAAAUACAAGAAUUUAACAGCGGCCCAGAAGGUGUCCCUGCUGCUUUUCCACGGCCUUCCGAUUUACCAAUCACUGCAAACGUUGAAAUCGAGCAACGGGGUCGUUAAUACCCUGGCCACCGACGGCGCAAAUAAAUACGAUUUAACCAUCCAAAACGACGGUGAGGAUGUUACCCUGAAGACAAAGGUCGUGACGGCAAAGAUUGUCGGGACAUUGAAAGAUGAGGAGCCGUUGGUGGUGUUUAAGAUCGACAAGAUGUUGUUACCGAGGGAGCUGUUCAAGGCGGAAGUAGAGGCACCCGCACCAGCACCGACACCCACAAAGAAGAGUAAGGCUAAGUCUAAGAAGGCGGCGGCUGCACCAGCGGACGAUGCCGAUGCACCUUCGGGUGAUGACGUGGCAGAUCAGACGGCUGAUAAUAACGGGGUCGGUGGAUUGAUGAACGGUGGGAGAUGGGUGACGGUGGUUUUCAGUAUGUGCUUUGGAGUACUGUUUAUGUGAGCAGUCACGUGGUGAUUCAAACCGUUUUGCCUUUUUUUUUCUUUUUUCUUAUUUUCUUUUUGUUUUUCUUCUCACGAUUUCUGAUGAGUGAAAAUGAAAAAAAGUAAUAAGUGGGCCCACCCAGAUGGGUUGCUUUCAUUUGUUUUUAAUUUUCUCAAUAAUUAUUUGUUUGUAAUAUUGUAUAGUGUAACAAAGCACCAUAAAUUUA